GCACGCGCUCACACAUAUAUACAUAGACACACUAGCGCGCACACAUACACAAACAUACAUGCAUAGGCGCGCACACACAGAGGCGUGCAAACCUCCUCCUUCCCUAAGGCGCGCGCGCGUACACGGGCACACACACUAAAUAGGACUCGCGCAGGGGUGCCACCUCCAACGGAGUCCGGGGCUGGACUAGGGGUGAAGGGCGGAGGUGGAAGCUCAGGUAGCUGGGUCACAGCGGCUGGGCGGGGCUGGAGGGUGGAGCCGGGGUGGGGGGCCGGCUGACAGCUGGUCCGGAGCGCGGCGGCGCCGGGAGGAUAGGAGGGAAGCUGGUGAGCCCGCAACCCGCAGCCUGAGCCCUGGCCCGGCCCGCCUGGCCCCCGCACCGCCAUGCCCUUGGCUUUCUGCGGCAACGAGAACGACUCGGCCGCCUACAAGGUGGACCAGGGCGUUCUGAACAACGGCUGCUUCGUGGAUGCGCUCAACGUGGUUCCUCACGUCUUCCUUUUCUUCAUCACUUUCCCCAUCCUCUUCAUCGGAUGGGGCAGUCAGAGUUCGAAAGUUCACAUCCAUCAUAGCACAUGGCUUCACUUCCCUGGCCACAACCUUCGCUGGAUCCUAACCUUCAUGCUGCUGUUUGUCCUGGUGUGUGAGAUUGCAGAAGGUGUCCUGUCAGAUGGGGUGGCUGACUCCCGUCAUCUGCACUUGUACAUGCCUGCCGGGAUGGCAUUCUUGGCAGCUAUCACCUCUGUCGUCUACUAUCACAACAUUGAGACCUCCAACUUUCCCAAGCUGCUGAUUGCCUUGUUGAUUUACUGGACUCUGGCCUUCAUAACCAAGACCAUCAAAUUUGUCAAGUUCUAUGACAACGCAAUUGGAUUUUCUCAACUCCGAUUCUGCCUAACUGGGCUGCUGGUCAUCCUCUAUGGAAUGCUCCUGACUGUGGAAAUCAAUGUCAUCCGAGUGAGGAGAUAUGUGUUCUUCAAGACGCCCAAGGAGGUGAAGCCGCCCGAAGACCUGCAGGACCUGGGUGUACGCUUCCUGCAGCCUUUUGUGAACCUGCUGUCCAAGGGGACCUACUGGUGGAUGAACACCUUCAUCAAGACAGCCCAUAAGAAACCCAUUGACCUGAAGGUCAUCGGGAAGCUGCCCAUUGCCAUGAGGGCUCGAACUAACUACCAGCGCCUCCGGGAGGCCUUCGAAGCCCAGAAGGGGAAGGGCUCCAGAUAUUCCCAGGGCUCCCGGGCCAUCUGGUGUGCUCUCUGCCAUGCCUUUGGGAGAAGGCUGGUCCUCAGCAGCACAUUCCGGAUCUUGGCUGACUUCCUAGGAUUCGCGGGGCCACUGUGCAUUUUUGGAAUUGUCAACCACCUUGGGAAAGAAAAUGGAGUCUUCCAGCCAAAGACUAAGUUCCUCGGUGUUUACUUUGUCUCCUCUGAAGAGUUCCUUGCCAACGCCUAUGUGUUGGCUGUGCUCUUGUUUCUUGCCCUCCUACUACAAAGGACGUUUCUGCAAGCAUCCUACUAUGUUGCCAUUGAAACUGGAAUCAACUUAAGAGGAGCCAUACAGACCAAGAUUUAUAACAAAAUCAUGCAUCUUUCCACAUCCAAUCUGUCUAUGGGAGAAAUGACUGCUGGCCAAAUCUGUAACCUGGUCGCCAUCGAUACCAACCAGCUCAUGUGGUUCUUCUUCUUGUGCCCAAACCUCUGGGCAAUGCCUGCACAGAUCAUUGUGGGGGUGAUUCUUCUCUACUACCUCCUCGGGGUUAGCGCCUUAAUUGGAGCAGCUGUCAUCAUUGUCUUGGCUCCAAUCCAGUACUUUGUGGCUACCAAGCUCUCCCAAGCCCAGAGGAGCACAUUGGAAUAUUCCAAUGAGAGACUGAAAAAGACCAAUGAAAUGCUCCGGGGGAUCAAACUUCUCAAACUCUACGCCUGGGAGAACAUCUUCCGUGCUCAGGUGGAGAUGACUCGGAGGAAGGAGAUGACCAGCCUCAAGGCCUUUGCCAUCUACACCUCCAUCUCUAUCUUUAUGAACACAGCACUCCCUAUUGCAGCUGUCCUGAUUACAUUCGUGAGUCACGUCAGUUUCUUCAAAGGAGCUAACUUCUCCCCAUCAGUGGCUUUUGCAUCUCUCUCCCUCUUCCACAUCCUGGUCACACCCUUGUUCCUGCUGUCCAGUGUGGUCCGGUCAACAGUCAAAGCUCUGGUCAGCGUCCAGAAGUUGAGUGAGUUCUUGUCCAGUGAGGAGAUUGUGAAGGAUCAGUGCUCCCAGCCUGAGCCCCCCUAUAACAGCCAGAGCAGCAAAUCUCAGGCAGUGCCACUCAAGGUUGUGAACCGUAAGCGGCCUGCCAGGGAUGACUGUAGGAACUUCAUGGGGCACCUGCAGAAUCUAGGGCCUGACGAAGAGCCAGACAACAGCUGUGUCCGGAUCACAGGGGGAUUUUUCACCUGGACAUCUGAUGGAGUCCCCACACUCUCUAAUAUUGCCAUCCGCAUCCCACAAGGGCAGCUGACCAUGAUCGUAGGCCAGGUGGGCUGCGGGAAGUCUUCACUGCUGCUAGCCACACUAGGGGAGAUGCAAAAGAUUUCAGGGGAAGUCUCCUGGAACAGCCUCCCAGACAGUGAGAUGGGCGAGGACUCCAGCCCAGAGAGGGAAACAAAUGCCGGCCCGGAUGUCAGAACAAGGGGUCCAGUGGCUUAUGCCUCCCAAAAGCCAUGGUUGCUUAAUGCCACAGUGGAGGAGAACAUUACAUUUGAAAGUCCUUUCAACAAACAACGGUACAAGGCUGUCAUUGAUGCCUGUUCUCUCCAGCCUGAUAUCGACAUCCUGCCCCAUGGAGACCAGACCCAGAUUGGGGAGCGGGGCAUCAACCUGUCAGGAGGUCAACGUCAGCGCAUCAGUGUGGCCCGAGCACUGUACCAGCAUACCAACGUCGUGUUCUUGGACGAUCCAUUCUCAGCCCUGGACAUCCACCUGAGUGACCACUUGAUGCAGGCUGGGAUUCUUGAGUUACUGCGGGAGGACAAGAGGACUGUGGUCCUAGUGACCCACAAGCUGCAGUACCUGCCCCAUGCAGACUGGAUCAUUGCUAUGAAAGAUGGUACCAUCCAGCGAGAAGGAACACUCAAGGAUAUCCAGAUGUCUGAGUCUCAGCUAUUUGAGCAGUGGAAGACACUCAUGAACCGACAAGAUCAAGAGCUGGAGAAGGAGACUGUGGUCAUUGAGAGAAAGAACAUGGAGGUCCCGAAGGGUCUGCCCAGGGCCAUGUCCUCCCGAGAUGGGCUCCUGCUGGAUGAGGAAGAGGAGGAAGAGGAGAUGGCAGAGAGUGAAGAAGAAGACAACCUGUCAUCUCUGCUGCACCAGCGAGCCAAGAUCCCGUGGCAAGCCUGUGCCAAAUACCUGUCCACGGCUGGCGUACUGCUUCUGCCCCUGCUGUUCUUCUCACAGUUGCUCAAGCAUAUUGUUCUGGUCGCCAUAGACUACUGCCUGGCCAACUGGACGGAUAGUGCCCUGGCCCUGGGCCCGGCCACAAGGAACUGCUCCCUCAGUGAGGAUUGCUCCUUCGACCACAGGGUCUAUGCCAUGGUAUUCACAGCUCUCUGCAGCCUGGGAAUUGUGCUGUGCCUGAUCACAUCAGUCACAGUGGAGUGGACAGGCCUGAAAGUGGCCAAGAGGCUGCAUCGAAGUCUGCUGAACCAGAUUGUCCUGGCCCCCAUGAGGUUUUUUGAGACAACUCCACUUGGAAGCAUCCUGAACAGAUUUUCAUCUGACUGUAACACAAUUGACCAGCACAUCCCUUCCACCUUGGAGUGCCUAAGUCGAUCCACAAUGCUCUGUGUCUCUGCGCUAGCCGUCAUCUCCUACGUCACCCCUGUGUUCCUCAUUGCCCUCCUGCCUCUGGCUAUUGUGUGCUACUUCAUCCAGAAGUACUUCCGGGUGGCAUCCAGCAGUUGGAUGACAGCACCCAGCUACCCCUGCUCUCUCACUUCUCAGAGACAAUGGAAGGGCUUAUCACCAUCCGAGCAUUCAGGUAUGAGGCCUUGUUCCAACAGAAGCUUCUCAAGUACACUGACUCCAACAACAUUGCCUCACUCUUCCUCACUGCUGCCAACCGAUGGCUGGAAGUCCGAAUGGCAAGUCCACACCCCUUGGGGAGUAAGAGGAAGUUUUGGGGGUGAGAGUCAAGGGUGUACCCAAAAGCAGCUUUCAGAGGAAUACAUUGGUGCCUGUGUGGUCCUCAUCGCUGCUGUGGCCUCCAUCACCAAAUCCUUGCACAAGGAGCUGCCUGCGGGAUUAGUGGGGCUGGGCCUCACCUAUGCCCUCAUGGUGUCCAACUACCUAAACUGGAUGGUGAGGAACCUAGCAGACAUGGAGAUUCAGAUGGGGGCUGUUAAAAGAAUCCAUGGUCUUCUGAAAACCGAAGCUGAGAAUUAUGAGGGGCUUCUGGCUCCAUCCCUGAUACCAAAGAACUGGCCAGUCCAAGGAAAGAUCCAGAUACAAAACCUGAGUGUCCGCUAUGAUAGCUCCCUCAAGCCAGUCCUGAAUCAUGUCAAUGCCCACAUCUCCCCAGGGCAGAAGAUUGGGAUCUGUGGCCGAACAGGCAGCGGAAAGUCGUCCUUCUCUCUUGCCUUCUUCCGCAUGGUCGACAUGUUUGAAGGGAGGAUCGUCAUUGAUGACAUUGACAUUGCAAAGCUGCCCCUGCAGACCUUGCGAUCCCGACUUUCCAUCAUCCUCCAGGACCCCAUCCUCUUCAGUGGCACCAUUCGGUUCAACCUGGAUCCAGAAAAGAAGUGCUCAGACAGCACCCUGUGGGAAGCCCUGGAGAUUGCCCAGCUAAAGCUAGUGGUGAAAGCACUGCCGGGGGGGCUAGAUGCCAUAGUCACAGAAGGUGGAGAGAAUUUCAGCCAGGGACAGAGGCAGCUCUUCUGCUUGGCAAGGGCCUUUGUGAGGAAGACAAGCAUCUUCAUUAUGGAUGAGGCCACAGCCUCCAUCGACAUGGCCACGGAGAACAUCUUACAGAAGGUGGUGAUGACAGCCUUUGCUGACCGCACUGUGGUCACCAUAGCGCAUCGAGUGCACACCAUCCUGAACGCCGACCUCGUGAUUGUGAUGAAGCGUGGAGCCAUACUGGAAUAUGAUAAGCCUGAGGUGCUGCUCAGCCGCCCAGACAGUGUCUUCGCUUCCUUUGUCCGGGCUGACAAGUGACCUGGGCUGGAAUGACUCUAAGUGCCAUUUUCCCCCUUUUUGCCUCCUCCUCCAACCUGGAUUUUCUAGCUGUAUAAAUCAUUUGUAAAUAAAGAGAUCAAUUAUUUCCUACCAGA